UCGAGUCUAAAAGGAGGGAAACGACUGCUCGCUUAUGGUUGGUGGCGACGUGUAGCGUUUCUAAUUUGCAUGACUGUCUAUAAAAAGAAAAGCCGAGACAGCUGCGACAUUCUGAUUUUGAUCUGUGAAAUCUACAACAAUGCCGGAGCCGAAAGCUGCCCCUGCGCCCAAAAAGGGUUCGAAGAAGGCUGUUUCAAAGAGUCAGGCUAAGGGUGGGAAGAAACGCAGAAAGUCUAGGAAGGAAAGCUACUCCAUCUACGUGUACAAAGUGCUGAAGCAAGUACACCCCGAUACUGGUAUCUCUUCUAAGGCGAUGGGUAUCAUGAAUUCGUUUGUGAACGAUAUCUUUGAGCGCAUCGCAGGUGAGGCUUCCCGUUUAGCGCACUACAACAAACGCUCCACCAUUUCUUCAAGGGAGAUCCAGACCGCUGUGAGGCUGCUGCUGCCGGGUGAGCUUGCUAAGCAUGCCGUGUCCGAGGGCACCAAGGCAGUCACCAAAUACACCAGCUCUAAGUAAAUGGUAUAGUCGUACCAGAAAC